UAUGUAUUCUAUAAAUUCCUCUAUAUUUUCAACUGUAAACAGAGAAAGCAACUGUUGAGAUGGAGAUGUUGAAGAACUGAGAAUGAUGUGGAGUGAAGGAGACAAUGCAGAUAAAUAAUGAGUGAGAGAAAUAUGGAAGGAGAAGACAGUGUGAGGACGGUGGAUUGCUUGAGAGGAAGACUGCUUGCAGAAAGAGCUGCUUCCAAAAAUGCUAAAGAGGAGGAACUACAAUUGGAAAAUAAGUUGAUGGAACUAGAAAAGCUGUUGAAACAAGAGGCGAAAUCAAGGAACAAAGCUGAGAAGAGGCUGAAAUUUCUGAUGAAGAAGCUUGAAUCCGUGAAAAGUUCUCAUUGCUCAGAUGAAUCAGAAUGCAUUUCAUCCAAUCCUUGUUCAAUCACCAAAGAAGAACAAGAAUGGAAAGAGGAAAAGGAUUUGAUUGACACACAAAACUGUUCAUUUAAUCUCAGUGAUGACAGCUGCUCCACUGCUGAAGGGGCUUCUUCAAUCUCUUGUGCAAUUGAAUUCAAAGGCAGAAUUGUUGAGCAAAGAAAUGACACAUUUGCGGAUUCUUUAUCGUCUGCUAGCGAAAAAUCGAGUUCGAAUGUGGAUCAAGGGAGAUCCUCUGCUGAUGAGGGCAUCAAGCAAAGAAAUGGCUUGUUUGAGGAUUCUUUGUCAUCUGCUAGUGAUCAGCACUCAAGUUUAAUUACAGAUCAGCAGAGUGGUGUGUGCUGUCAUAGCUUUAGAUCUUGUGCUGAUGAUUCCAACAGCCAAGUAGAUGAUUCCAUGGCUCUAGUUGUGGUUGAUACGCCUCAAAGGGAGCAUAGGAUUGAUCCGGUGGCUCUUGAUGCUUCAGUGAGGGAGGUGCUCGACACACUGAGGCGGGCAAAGGAGGAACUUCAGAGCUCCAUGGUGAGACGGCGGAUGAAGAUGAUGGGAGUUAAUGUCAAAUCUAGUGCAGUUUUCAUAUAGAAUAAAAUGGCUCAUGUAUUGCUAAAUUAUUGACAACCUUGUUGGAUAAUAUGCUUGAAUGCUACUCUCUGUAGUUUGGAUCUUCAGUCAUGUUAGAGAAAGUUGAACUGUAGAAUAAGAUCAUAUUUCAUGUCCCCAAGAGAGGAUGAGGUUUCUUUUGGUAUUGAGAUAGUGGGGGCUUGUUGGAUUUUA